AUCAUUGACAUAUUAACACGAAUUAUUCUUCGGUUUACGUUCUCAAAAACAUGUGUGCAGUUCCUGUUUGACCUAAAAAGUCUUAUCUCCCUCUUCAAGCAAAGGGAGCUGGUUUCUCCAUCUCACCCUGCCAUGUUUCCAUUGUAGACCAGAUGGGACAAACCAAACACUGGCCCUGGAGAGGGCCUUUGGCCUUUUUACUCAGUCAGAAGGUUCUCCGAGCUGCUUUGAAAGGAAGAGCUGCUGAAAGCGUGUCGUUUGGUAUUAGCCAGCAUCCCUCCAUGAUGACCCUUCUCAGAGUUUACCUGCGGAAGCCCCCUGCGAGCUUUCCUGAGCCAUCGGCCUUCCUCCUCAGCACCCGCGGUCAGCUUAAGCUGUCAAUCAUCCAGGAGCACGAGGCACUUGUCGUCAGCGUGUUGGAGGCUAGGGACCUUAUGGAUGACUGCAAAGGGUCACGUGACUUUUACGUAAAGGUCGGUAUGUGCCCGGACAGUGAUCCCAGCCACAGACAGAAGACUCGGAUGGUUCCUCGGUGCAGGAACCCAGUCUUCUUACAAACCUUUUACUUUAAGGCGGACCUUCAUAAGCGACUGCUCUUCACCAUGUGGAACUCUGACUCCACUACGAGGAUGAGCGAGCUAGUGGGAUGCAUGAGCUUCGGUGUGCUCUCGCUUCUGAAUCCAGACAAGGAGGUUCAAGGAUGGUACUACCUACUUGGGGAAGAGCUAGGGAGGAAGAAGCACCUUAAAGUGCCCACACAACACAACUACAACUCCCAUGAGGCUGUGCUGUCAAACCAUGGUGCUGCCCCCGAGACCCAUCGGCCUGAGAAUAUGCAAUGCUUAACAGUGACCAUCCUUCGAGGAAAGGAUGGAUAUGGCUUCACCAUCUGCUCGGAUUCCCCUGUGAGGGUGCAGGGUGUGGAUCCAGGUGGUCCAGCGGAUCAGGCAGGUCUGCAGCAGCUGGACACUCUCCUGCAGCUAAAUGGUCAGCCGGUGGAGCAGUGGAAAUGUAUGGACUUAGCCCACGCUAUCAGGAACAGUGUGAAUGAAAUCAUACUGGUGGUGUGGCGCACCGGUCCUUCAGCUAAACCUAGUUUCGAGGGCCUCAUCCAUCGGCCGUCCUAUAAGUCGUCCGCCUCAAACUAUGAAGCCCCCUCGCCCCCCACGCGCCGGCGUGCACCAGAUGUUGGAACCAGCAAAACCCCCCCGGCUGUGCCGCCUCUCCCGGCCCACCACCGCGCCAGCAGUCGACGGCUGCUGCUCAACGGCUCCGAAGCCGGACACGGCGGCGGCCUAGGCUCAGGGACCCUCGGGUGGGGGGCCCAGGGAGGGUCUGCCGAGGAGCUGGACAUGCAGCCGCGUCACCUCCCCCAUCCUCACACUGCCACACUGAAGGGCACCAGGGUGAAGGCAUCCAACGGGGACAACUACAUCAUCCUGGCCCCCAUCAACCCCGGAAGCCAGAUCUUAAGGCCUGUUUACCAAGAGAACCAGGGGACAUUAGCUGCCAGGCUAUAUCCCACCCGGCAGGGCUCCGGACAGGAGGCCCAGGCUGGUGGUGGUGGUGGUGGUGGUGGUGCUUUCUCCGGAGGUAUGAGUGGUGGUGGUGGUGGUGGAGGCUUCUCCAGCCGCACUGGCUUCCUCCGCCGGUCAAACAACUCCAAGACAACGAAGGCGGCGCCCACCUCCACCAAUGCCGGCGGACCCAACUACCAACAGCAGAAUGCCAACUUCGCCAAUUACCAGAACUGUACCAUUGUGCGCUCACAUACUCCACAUGGCAACUACGGAUACGUCAAAGUGGCGCCCAAGAUCCUGAUCUUCCCCAUCUUUGUUCAGCCCCUCGACCUGUGCAGCCGAUCUCUCAUCAUAUCCGAGGAGAUGAUACUACAUGAGAGCAAGCACCAGUCUCUCAAGGUGACAGUGUUCGUCUACAGUGAUCUGAUGCUGGUGACACGAGAAGAUGAGCCAGGCCGGUGUAACGUCCUUCAGAGUCCCCUGUUCCUCCGGCAGCUGAGGCUCCAGGACGACUACGCUGAAGAGUUGAGAUUCUACCUUAUCCACAUGACCGAGAAGUGCGACUGCUUGCUCAGCCUCGAAGCCUAUUCAGCGGACCAGAAGCGCCGCGUGUGUCAGUGUCUGAAGGACAACAUUGACAAGCAGCUCCAGCUUCACAGGAGGGAGCCUUCCUUUCCGCAUUUUGAACAGAUGUUGGAGCCCAACGUGGAAGACCCUUCCUGUGAACUGGGCGGAGUCGGCGGAGACCGUGGCGGCGUGUGCCUCCACCUGCCCCCCCGCAGCUCAGAAGGUGAGGACAGCAGCCUGUACCCCUCCAGUCCCUCGGAGCCCCUAACCCUGGGCAGCCCUCACCCCUCGGAUCCUCUCACCCCUCUGGACGACAUCUACAUGCCCCUCGGGGGUCUGCUGGGAUCCGAGGAGCGACACAAGGUGCCUCCCACGCCACCUCCUUCCACAGAGGGCGAGGAUUGGAGGAGCAUGGAGGGCAACGAGAUGGAGAUGUGGAAAGAGGCGAGUACUUUGGAGUACCGGAGAGGGGAAGAGGAGGACGAUGGGGCCAGCAGGAAGAGUGCUGGUAGCGAGGGGGACGACAAAGAAGAAGAAGAAGGGGGUGAUGAGGAGCGAGCGAGGCACAAAGAGGAGGCCAACCUCAACCUGGCGGUGUCGAACGCGGAUGAGGACAACGCCUCGGAGCCGCUGGACACCAACGCCCCCCCCUCCUCCUCCUCCUCCUCAUUCGUCAUCCCCGAGCUGCGCCUCGAUCGCUCCUUCAGUGCCGACGCCCUCUCCUCGCCCAACACCGACGAAGAAGAGUACGACGAAGAGGAGGACGAAGACGAGGAGUCCGAAGAGGAGGAGGAGGACGAGGAGGACGACAGCGACGACGCCUACCUGCAGCGCAGCGACAGCAAGCGGCGCAGCAUGGUGGAGGGGGCCACCUGCGAGAAGCACGGAGGGGGCGGCCUCAGUGUGCAGAAUUCCCUCCGCCGGCGCACACACAGCGAAGGGAGCCUCCUGCAAGACCCCCGCUCGCCAUGCUUCACCUCCGACAACGCCAUCAACUGCCUGGAGGCCGGGGGCGGGCACCACAAGGGCGGCUGGACGCUGCCGUCCCCUAAGACCCUGAAGAAAGAGCUGACCAAGAACGGAGGCUCCAUGCAUCAGCUGUGUAUGCUGUUCUCUGGGAGGAAGGUAAGCAGUGAACACUGAAAUAACAACAUGAGUCGGGCAUGAAUGAGAAAGAAAAAAAAACACACACACACGCCAAAGGUAGGAUUCGAUCCGAGACAGAGCUCAUUGUAUUUACAGUCAAUCUUACAUUUAAAGAAAAAUGUAUAAUACAGACUUUUGUGUCUCAUCGCCAAUGCGUCAGCGGGCCUGAUCCGACAGCUGAGCUCUGUAAGAAGGGUGACAUCGAGUGGUAAAAGAGAGCAAGUACACAAGAAUCCUACGAGUCACUGAAGUCCGCGUGAAUCUAACGGAAAAGACAACGGCCAGUGUGUUUUAACUAAGGUUGUAUACAGGACAGUCUAUGAAUUUACAAUAUAAGUAAUAUUAACUGCACAAGAAAAGGCACUGAGCCUCAAUUGCUUUUAUAUAAAGCUUUAAAACAAAAGCUCCCGCUGCUCUGCACAAUUCAUGCACUUCUCACUUAGAGGACAUAAAAAACAUCCCAAAACAUGACACGAAAAACAAAACAAAGACACUAACGACUGAACACACCAGCUAGUAAUCAACCAUCCCUGCUUUCUCUUCACAAGGAAGCAUAAGUAUAUUUACGCCUACAUCAAUACAUCAAUCAUGUAUGUGUGUAGUCAAAGUACACACAUACAUGAUUGAUGACUUUACAUACAGCUUAUGCUGUAAAGUACUUGUUGGCUGAGUGUGCAGUCUGAAAGUAGAGAGUUUUAUUUGAAGAGAGCUUCAGAGACGGAUUCUUGUCAUCAGGUACAAGAAGCUUCCGUGCACUUAUCGCUAAGAGUCUCAUAUAAAAGAGGAAAUAGUCCUUGUAUAUGUUUUCUGGGUGACUUUGACUGAGCCGUUCAUUCCAGAGCAGGUAGUAGUUGUUCUAGUUGUCCAACAGAGGGGGCUUGGUCCCCACCCAAGCGAGCUCUUUUCUCACUUCACUCUGGCCGAGGCUGAGCAAGGCAUCAUGGUUGAAGAAUCAAACCAGCGUUUAAUGUUGUUUUCUUACAAUCUGUCAAGUGUUAUUGUGCUGUGACUGGAACGCCAACCUGUACCAUAGCUUGAACUGCACGCCCGUCACAGCAGUAUGCAUUUGGUGAUGGGCCUCACAAAAAGGAGGAAAUAGAAAAGGGUACCAGAGCUCCACCCACUACGCCCAUAGAGCUACUGACACACAAACGACACGUGUGAUCGAGUGCUCACUCUGUCAUGGUUUCAUCCGUCCCUCCUUCCACGGCUCUGUCAGCGCACACGGUAGCCUUAAAUGGCAGUGUGUGAGCCGUGCAGAGGAGGAAUGCAGUAGGCAGACCUGGAGCCUGUUGGUCUUGGCAGAUUCGAGGGGACUUUUACUACCUUUUGGCGUCGGAGACUCUUUUUCCACCGUUAUCCGAAGUGAUUUCUCACCCCCCCCCUUCCCACCUCCUCAUUCGUAAAUCUUGUGCAGAAACAUCCAGGUGCAGAAACAGAGUGUGUGAGUGUGUGUACAAACACAUCUUCAAAGUGUAUGAAUUUGCUAAUAUUUAGUUCAUACAAGAAGCUCUUAAAACUUUGUGGCUCUGGCUCUUUGUAUUGUUGAAAUUAUGGUACAAUUAUCAUCACUAUGGAUUUUAUUCAGUCAUCAUGUCGACAUUUAUUGAAAUGAACAAUAAGCAAGACUUACAAAAAAUGCUUUAAUGCAGGCCAAACAGCGAGGACAUGUUUAACUAUUUUCAACUCUUUUUGGAUUGUGUUGAAUUUAUAAAUAAUAAAUGAGUCCCCGAUUUGACUGAGAGAGAGAAAGCAGAGGGUCUGAGCACAGUACCCCCCCCCCCCCCUACUCUUAUACUGUUUUUUUUCUUGCUAGGCAGUGUUUACUCUGGUCCCGUUUUUCUUCCGCUCUGCACCUUCUCCUCUCACUUGAUGUCUUUAGUGUCUCUAGUAUAUUCAAUGCAAGAAGAGCCAGAGACGGACAGAGAGCAGGACUCGAGGAAUAAUGUCACCUCGAUCGCUGAAAACAAACUGUGUGAUUCCUGUAAUGGAAAUGCCAAAUGUGGUUCAUAUGUUACUGUUGAAAAUAAAGGUGUAAAGUGUUUCCUUAACCCAAAAUACCUGCGUUGUUCAAGACUAUAUCUUUCAUAUUUGUUUAACAUUUGGUCUUAAGAUUUGUCCUUUCACACAACAUGAAUAUUUAGCCUCAUAUAACAGACAAAGUCAGCAGUUUGGACGGGAAACGUUUUUUUGUUUGUCAAAUUUGAGAAAACCCAACAAGUAACGCUCACAAGCGUGGGACAAACACAGAGCUGGGGUGCAUGAUAUGGAAAUAGAUUAGAAUGUAUACGUACUUGAAAACAGGUGUGUUAACGGAUAUGGCUGCCAGUGCUUACGCACGCACGCACACACAUGCACACGCACACACACACACACACAUGGAAUUGACACCUGCCGGAUCAAUCCGAAUGGUUGUAAAAAAAACCAGCCUUGUGACCAACGUUACCGCAGCGCUGUCUUACGGUUCUUGAGGUAAGGUGUUUUUUAACUGUGGAACGCGUGGAACAUCUGCUUCUUUCCUUACGAUACGAUCUAGAUGUGAAAUGUGUAAAACUCUAGCUGGUUAAAGUUUUCACGUUUGAAAGUGGCAACAGGGAGAUGAAGUUGGUCAAGAUUGCUUGAGUAACAUUCAGAAUUCAGCACUGAAGAGCAAUUUCCAUUCAAUGCACUGCACACAAUAGCCCGUAUAUUAUUUCUGAUUAAAGCUGUAGGGCUACUGCACAUUUUAAUUAAUGUUUUAAAGUAAAUUAAAUAUUGCUGCUUUUGCCUGGUUUAAAAGAAGAGUGAAAAAAAAGUGAAAAUGAUCUCCUGAGAAACCCAGCAUCCGUUGUCCUCAAAGUUACAUCCAAAAUAUCAAAACCGAUUCCCUAACAUGGAGCAAAGUAACAAGAAUUCAGUUGUUUGACAUCUGGCAAAAUAAUAAUAUUUAUUUGACCUUAUUAAGAUAUCCCUUAGAACAGCAUAUUACACAUAGGGUGAAGUACACAAAAAUGAGUUCAGAACAACAUGUCCGUAUCAGACCUUUGGAGUACUGUCCCACCUCUUUCCUGGAGAAGUUGGAUAAACAGCUUGCUAUUUUAGGCCUACGUAGAAAAAUGUUUGAGUACUAUCAAGUUAUCCUCGAGUAGCUGAGCUUCACGUCUAGACUCCCAUCGGUCGUCCAAGACAUCAUCUGCCUAACCUCACCUCAAGGAGUCAUUUGAAAUAUGAAAAUUGCACCACACAUACUUAGUUUUUUAGUGAAUGCAUUGUGGAAACAAUUUAAAGUGAAUUGCUUUGGGCCUCAAGUGCUGUUCUGCUCGAUUUAUGAUGUGUACACAAUGUACACAAUCAGCGUGUAUCCUUUGGCCUUGUUUCUAAGUGAAUGUUCUACUGUCUCGAAGGGACAAGGGGUCUCCAGGGUUCAAAUCCAUGAGAGAUGCAGCCAGGCUGAGUAUGUCCAGUGAAAUACUAAAUGGGUAACAUGUAAAUAUUUACUGAGCAAACUGAACCAGCUUCCAGGACAGUCAACACAGGUUCCAGUCCACCCAAGGAUAUUCUGACAAAAAUGCAAAGGAACUGUUUGUGGUGUUUUCCGUCACAGUUCACAAUAAAAUGACCAUGUUUACCUCUC